UCUUAGCCUCUCCAGAGCACUUUUAGUAGUGUUUUCACUGAACACUUGGACUAUAGUACAGACCAAAGAAUGUGGAAAUAUGCAGUAUGGACAUGAAGGACGGUGCUGUGACAAGUGCGCUCCAGGAACAUAUGUCAUGGAAUUUUGCUCUGAAACUCAUGAAACUAAAUGCAGUCCCUGUCAAGAGGGAACUUACGCAGACAAACACCACAGCUUUGACCGAUGUGAAAAGUGCCCUUCAUGCUACCAAGCGCUUACUCAGAAGUGUACAAAAACCUCAAGGGGAAACUGUUCAUGCCAGUCCGAUUUCCUGUGCUCUGACUCUGCUUGUUCACAAUGCGAGAAGAACAAGUGCAGUGCAGGAGAGGAACCAUGGAGGAUAGGUUCUAUGAAAUAUUCUUACCAAUGCAAGCCAAAAUGCCCUGGAAAUCAUUAUUUUGAUGCAAAAGACAACAUCUGCAAGCCAUGGACACAAUGCAGUGUAAAGGGACUUGCUGAAAGGAUUCCAGGAAACAAAACUCAUGACUCUGUUUGUGCAAAACCUGAGAAAGAAAAAGAUGCCUCCCUCCAAUGGAUCGUGAGCACCGGCUUUGUUUUGCUCUCCCUGACCCUUUUUGUGUUUGUCUUUUACACCUGCUUGAAGAAACUGAAGAGGAACCGGAGGAAUCAUGCUGCAGGUAAGGUUUCAGUCCAUGCGGUCGGCUCUAAAACCAGUGACUUCCAUCUUUCAAAGGAGGAGAGUGGGUUCCAGUUCAUUAUUCAGGAUAAAUUCCAAGACUGCUGCAGCGUGAGCCAGCUGCACCUGGAAAAGGUCUCAACUCUUUCAUAAAGAGAUAAUGUGAUUGGUCUGAUAAGCCCUAACCAUCACUGGAAUACUUAUAUAUAAGCUCAUUCUCUGCAAUGAACAGUUUUGUAUUUCAUCAGUUUACACCCACAAAUUUAACUGUAUUAUUUUGGAAAUUUAUGUGACAGACAAUCACAGACUGAAAGGACAAAUAAAACAUGAAAAGUGUGGUGCACAUUUGGAUUCAGCCCACCCAAUAUAAUGCUUUGUAGAACCACCUUUUUGUUGCAAUUACAUCUGCAAUUUUCAAGUCUUGCCUCAGAUUCUCAAUUGGAUUUAGGUCUAGACUUUGACGAGGCUAUUCUAAAAGCUGCUUCAGAGUUACCAUGGGCUUCUUUGCUGCUUCUGUGAUUAAUGCUCUCCUUGUCCAGCCUGACAGUUUAGAUGUAUUCCCAUGUCUUGGUAGGUUUGGAGUUGUUCAAUGCUCUUCCCAUUUAAGGAUGAUGGAUUGAUCAGUGCACCACGAGUUUAACGAUUGGUCUAUCUUAUAAAAUCCCAAUAAACUACAUAGAAGUUUGUGGUUGUUAGGUGACAAAAUGUUGAAAAGUUUAAGUAUUAUGAAUACUUUGCAAGACCCUGUAAAUAGGAGAAAUGUUUGGGUUUUGUUACUGUAAAUAAGAAUUGAAAUAAUAGUAAUUAUUUAGAUGCAUAGUCUGAUUUUAUCUAACUUUGGCUGAAAAUGCUUCAAAUGGGAGGAGGCUGUGGUUAAGAUGUGUUCACUUGAAACCAUUUGAACAAACUUGUUUUUACAAGUUUUAGUAUGGAUGUCUAAAAUAUGGUUUUGGGACUAGUUCAGUCCCUUCAUUUGACUCAUCUGUGAUUAAACUUGUUGCUUCGGUAGGGAAUACUGUCAUAAGCUUUUAGACAGAUAAGGUGUGAAAUGAACCUACUCAUGAAAAACAAAACUGGCCCUGCUAGUUCCUAUAUUACAAAAAAUUGUUUAAUUCAUUGUUUUAAUGAUUUGUUUUUCAGAUUGUUUUAUUGUUAUGAUGAAAUAUGAUUUUUUUUCAAACAUUUUGAAAGACAAAAGUCGAAAUAAUAUCAAUGCAACAAUCCAAUCAGAUGAAUCAUCACAGCUUUAAUCAUAAAUUUUGCAAAAUAUGCUGAAAUGUAUGUGUCUACUGUACUUUAUUUAUGUUGGUCAGAUUUUCUCAGUGCUGACCAGUAAGAUUUUAUGUAAAAUGUACAGAAAUUUCAAAAAUCAGAAAAUUGUAAUCAAAUCAAUUGAAAUGGAAACCCCUUUUUCUGUGUAUUUAUUACAGUGCCCAAAAAUAUUUUUGUUUGUGUUUUUUAAAAUAAAUAUUUCAAGAAUA